AUGCGGCUCGAUUUUAUCCUAGCCAAUGCCUUGACAGCGACGGCUACCGCCGCGGCCAUGGUCAGCAGCGGCAAGCAGCGGCGCUCGUGCUAUGAGCGGGCACCGUCGGUGAUCCAAAUGGACCUCAACGUCACCAUCGUCUUCUCGCCGGUCCUCUACUUUGACGUGCCGCGCGGCGAGCUCCGGGGCCCUUGCACGCUGGUGGCCAAGUUCCCGGCGGGGUACCCCAUCUCGUCGUCGGGCGACGACUUGGUCAAUGUGGUGGCGGCGAGCGGCGAGCACGACGGGGCCGUGGUGGGUGUGCUGCGCUUUGUGAGCGCGCCCAAUGUCCCGACGGUCACGGUCGUGGGCACGUUUGAGUGUGAUGGGGUCAUGGACUAUCAGCUCGAGAUUGCUGACUCGGCCACCGAGGCCAACUGGGUCUCUUUUGAACAGGAUGAGGAUGCGGGAUUGUUCUUGGAGAUUGGGGAUCGUUGUCGGCCCGAGUCGGAAGAAGAACUAUAA